AUGGAUGGUAGAGCUUCCACUACUGUGGACGGGCAUGACGAGGUUGUUGCUAGGGUUUGGGAUGUUAUUCGUGAAGAUGCUAGGGAGGAUGUUGCUAGGGUUGAGCUGGGGGUACAUGUUGCUGAUGAGGGGAUGGUGGUUGAGGAGCGGGAUAUGGCAGGGCGAGAGCAUUCAGUGUUGAAGCUCACUUCUCACGGGUCGAAGUUGAAGAACUUUCUCGAAGGACAGAUGCCUGAGGAGGUGGCAGGGAUCGUUCGGGAGUUCCAUUUGUUGGUCUUUUUUGGAUGCUCCUUGACGAUGUUGGACGCCCCUCUAUUAUCAACUUUUAUAGAGAGAUGGCACCCGGAGACAUCAACCUUCCAUCUUCCGUUCGGGGAGAUGACGGUGACUCUGGAUGAUGUCAGUGUCCUACUUCACCUUCCGAUAGCUAGUACAUUUUUUACACCAGUUCAUAAGGACCACGCGACGGCGGUGCAGAUGGUGAGGGAUGCGUUAGAGGUUGAUGAGCUGGUUGUGCUCAAGGAGUUUGGUGACAUUCGGGGCUUUCACCUCGGGAUGUCUUGGCUGAGGAAUAUUAAUCAGCAACUUGUCGAUGCGGGGAGGUACGAGGUUUCCUCUAGGGCAUACAUGCUACAUCUAGUGGCAUGUACUCUCUUUGCGGACAAGUCUGCAUAUUAUAUAGAUGUCCGUUAUCUGACUCUUUUUAGCGACCUUGAUACCCCGUGUUGGGCUUGGAGAGUGGUUGCUCUGACGAUGCUAUACACGGCGCUUGAUGCCGCUUCUCGUCCUGACACCAGAUAA